AUGGAUUUUGACAAAGAAUCCAUUUUAACAAAAUUUCAAAAUUUGUGUAAAUAAUAAUAAAUGGAAACCAUCUAUUUAGGUUAUUAACCUUAUGAUUAUUUAUUAUUAUUUAAUCAUUCAUAAUUCUAUUAUAAUUCAAGUAUAUUAGAUGAUUAAUUAUAAAUAUAAUCAUAAAACAUAACUGGAAAGCUUUAUGAUUUAGAACUUGAUAGAGGGAAAAAUCCAACAUUUUUAAUAAAUGAAGGCACAUUGAAAUUUACUUGCAAAAUAAAAAAUUUAAUUAAUUUGUUAAGGUUGAAUAUAUUGGAAAAUCAAACAUUACGAAAUAUAAAGGAGAAUUUGCAAAUAAAAAGUAUAAAUAAAAUGAAUCAAAUAAAAUAAAUUGUUAAAAAUCAUUAAGCGUACCAAUAAGAAAAAUUCUUAAUUAUGAUGCUACAAAUGUGAAUUUAUUAAAUAAAGAUUAUUAAAAUAAAAAUAAAUAAUAUGAUGAAAAAAAACUGAAUAUUGGUUGAAAUAGAAAAAAAAUUUCAACAGAGGAUAUAAAAAUUUUAAAAUAAAAUGGAAAACUAACAAGUAGUAUUAUAGAUAGUUAUGUCUUUUAUUUAAAUUUAUAAAGCGAAAUGAGUAUUUUUAAAAGGAUGGAGAUAAAUCCAGAUAAUAGAAAAAUUGUUUUUCUUGACAACUACUCUAACAACUAAUUUUGGAGAAAAUUACUCGUUAGAUAAAGCAAAGGAACUAUUCAAAAUAGAAUUACUUUAAUUUUAAGAAAUGAAUUAUGA